CUGCCGCUCUCUCGGAUGCCGCGGGGCUGAACUAAGGCUCUUCUUCUAGGUCUGAUGAUUCCGACCGUCUGGGGAAGGACUCUGAUGGACAGGCCCAGGCAGGAGGGCCUGGAGAGGGCCCAGAGGAGGCUGCCUCCCGAGGCCUCUCUGUCCACAGUGAGGGUCCUCCCACUCCACAGCUGAAGGCCACUGUCUGGGGGCUCAGCCAGGAGGUAAAGGGUUAAGCAGGCCUCUUCUGGGGACUGGCCCCAGCCUGCAUUCCUUCCUCACAGAGACCUGCCAGUCCGGGGCCAGAGGCUAAAUUUAGAGGGUGGCUAAGGUUUCCUCCUAACAGCUGUCUUGCUCCUCAGAGAAGUCACCCAAGAGAGGAGAGAGCUUGGUCUCUCUUACUGGACGCUGUUUUUGGCCAUUCCAUCUGGGUCCUCGGCCCUUGGUGUGGACACCCAGGCCGGCUGGUGGAGCUGGUGGCUGACAUGGCAUCCGGUGGGGACCCAGAGGAAGAGCAGGUGGUCCCAGAUGAGGAGGACGGAGCCACCGUGCGGGCGGUGCAAGCCCACUACCUCCGCAGUCCCUCCCCCAGCCAGUUCUCGAUGGUCUCGGACGCAGAGACGGAGAGCAUUUUCAUGGAGCCCAUUCACCUUUCCUCGGCUGUGGCGGCCAAACAGAUCAUCAGUGAAGAACUCAAGCCUCGGAGGCUCAGAGCAGACGCAGAGUGUCCGGGCAUGCUGGAGUCUGCUGAGCAGCUGCUGGUGGAGGACCUGUACAACCGGGUCAGGGAGAAGAUGGAUGACACCAGCCUCUACAACACCCCCUGCGUGCUGGACCUGCAGCGGGCCCUGGUCCAGGACCGCCAGGAGGCCCCUCGGAACGAGGUGGAUGAGGUCUGGCCCAACGUCUUCAUAGCUGAGAAGAGCGCAGCUGUGAACAAGGGGCGGCUGAAGAGGCUGGGCAUCACCCACAUCCUGAAUGCUGCCCACGGCACCGGUGUCUACACUGGCCCUGAAUUCUACACUGGGCUGGAGAUCCAGUACCUGGGCAUGGAGGUGGACGACUUCCCCGAGGUGGACAUCUCCCAGCACUUCCGGAAGGCUGCGGAGUUCCUCGAUGAGGCACUGCUGACCUACAGAGGGAAAGUCCUGGUCAGCAGCGAAAUGGGCAUCAGCCGGUCGGCAGUGCUGGUGGCGGCCUACCUGAUGAUCUUCCACAACAUGGCCAUCCUGGAGGCCUUGAUGACCGUGCGCAGGAAGCGGGCCAUCUAUCCCAACGACGGCUUCCUGAAGCAGCUGCGGGAGCUCAACGAGCAGCUGAUGGAGGAGAGAGAGGAGGACUGCGGCCCAGAGGGAGCCGGCCAGGGCCAGGAGGCCCGGGGCACCCUGGGGGCGCGAGCGCAGCUGACGGUGGAGGAGGAGGACGAGGCCACCAGCCACCUCAGCGGCUGCUCCCUGGGGAGGGCCAGCCAGGCCUCCGAGCCCCUCACCCUCAUUGACGAGGAGGAGGAGGAGAGGCUGUACGAGGAGUGGAAGAAGGGCCAGGGCCUCGCGGCGGGCAGCACGGCCGGGGGUGGACAGUGUCCAGGGCCGGCCUCUUCGCGCCAGGCCAGCCAGGAGCAGGAGCAGGAGCUCGAGGACCAGGGCGUGGAGAGGAUCGUCCAGGAGUGGCAGAGCCGGAACGAGAGGUACCACGCCCAGGGCCACCAGCGGUGGGCCCUGGAGGAGGACGAGGAGGUCGAGGAGGAGGAGGAGGAGGGCAAGUCCGCGCGGAGGCGCAGGCGCGCGCGGAGCCAGAGCAGCGUCUCCGAGAGCGAGAGCGCGCUCAGCCGGGAGGCGCGCGUCCUGCGGCAGCUGGAGCUCGGCGGCCCCAGCCCGGGCGCCCGGCGCCGCUCGGACUCGGUGUCCACCGAGAGCACGUGGGACCUGUGGAACGAGAGGCUGCUGGAGAUCGAGAGGGAGGCCGCGCGGGAGUUCCGCUCCAGGAGCAGGAGGGAGGAGGAGGCCGGGAGCACGGGGCCCGAGGAUGACCAGCAGAGCGUGGGCUCCGAGGCCAGCUCCUUCUACAACUUCUGCAGCAGGAACAAGGACAAGCUCACUGCCCUGGAGAGGUGGAAGAUCAAGAGAAUCCAGUUUGGAUUUCACAAGAAAGACCUAGGGGCGGGAGAGGGCAGCGGUGAGGCGCGGGGCCCCGAGGAUGCCCCCGGGGAGAGGAACCCCCCGGACGUCAACCUGACGGCCUACCAGGCCUGGAAGCUGAGACACCAGAAGAAGGUGGGCAGCGAGAACAAGGAGGAGGUGAUGGGGCUGAGCAAGGCGGAGGACGCCGUCCUGGCCAAGAAGAGACAGCGGAGGCUGGAGCUGCUGGAGAGGAGUCGGCGGACACUGGAGGAGAGCCAGUCCACCGCCAGCUGGGAGGUGGACGACUCCGUGGCCAGCGGGAGCAUCCCCCUGUCCGCCUUCUGCUCUGCAGCCUGCUCCGUCAGUGCUAACGGGGACACAGGGUCAGUACUGGGCGCCCAGAGCCACCACUCCCUCCUGUCCCAGGCAGCCAGCAGCAUCGGGGGAUGCUCGGCCGCCAACCCCAGCAGCCCCCUGCCCGGCCUGCCAGUGGGGCCUGGAGACACCAUUUCCAUCGCCAGCAUCCAGAACUGGAUUGCCAGCGUGGUCAGUGAGACCCUGGCUCAGAAGCAGGGUGAAAUGCUGCUGCUGUCUCGCUCACCUUCCGUGGCAAGCAUGAGGGCAGGGCCAGCCACCAGCUGCCUGGGGGACGACCAAGUCUCCAUGCUCAGUGGACAGAGCAGCUCCCUUCUGGGUGACCGCCUGCUGGGUCAGAGCCAGGCCAGGCCCAGCUCCGACUCCCAGUCCAUGCUGUCCUCCAGGGCCGAAGGGGCUGGGAGCAGGGUCAGGGGGACCAGCAAGCCCAUCUACAGCCUCUUUGCUGACCAUGUGGACCUAAAGGAGCUCAGCCGCAAGGAGAGGGAGAUGCAGAUGGAGCUGAGGGAGAAGAUGUCUGAGUACAAAAUGGAGAAGCUGGCCUCCGACAACACACGCAGCUCCCUUUUCAAGAAGAAGAAGGUCAAGGAAGAGGAUGAUGGUGCUGGUGAUAAGGAUGGGGACACAGACAGCGCCAUCGGGAGCUUCCGACUCUCUUCCCGCAGUAACUCCCAAAAGCCGGAAACGGACGCCUCUUCCUCCCUGGUGGUCUCUGACCACGGUAGGAGAGGCAGCAGAAAUGGCAAGGAGAUGGACAGCAGCAUCAAUAAGUGGCUCAGUGGCCUCAGGACCGAGGAAGACUCUCCUCCCCAGAGUGACUGGUCUGGCAGCUCCAGGGAGAGGUACAGCAGAUCUUCCCGGCACCGGGAAACCGAGUCCAAAUCCUCCAGUUACAAGUUCUCCAAAUCCCGGUCAGAGGAGCAGGACACCUCCUCCUACCACGACGAGGACGGCAGCUCUGUGAGGAGCACUUCCCGUUUCUCCUCGUCCUCCACCAGGGAGGGCAGAGAGACACACAAGUUCUCCAGGUCCACAUUCAGUGAGACCUCCAGCUCCCGAGAGGAGAGCCCCGAGCCCUACUUCUUCCGCCGGACCCCUGGGCCCUCCGAAGGGGAAGAGUCCCCAGAGCCACGGCGCCGGGACUGGGCUAGGCCCAGGGACUGGAAGGACGUGGAAGAGUCAUCCAAGUCGGACUUCUCUGAGUUCGGAGCCAAGAGGAAAUUCACCCAGAGCUUCAUGAGGUCUGAAGAGGAAGGCGAGAAAGAGAGGACAGAAAACAGAGAGGAGGGCAGGUUUGCCUCUGGGCGGAGGAGCCAGUAUCGGAGAAGCACAGACAGAGAGGAAGAGGAGGAGAUGGACGACGAAGCCAUCAUCGCCGCUUGGAGACGCCGGCAAGAGGAGACCAGGACUAAGCUGCAGAGGAGGAGGGAGGACUGAACAGGGCCUGGGCCACCUGCCGCUCAGCGGAGCACGGGGCUCAGGCACACCCUGCCACCACCCCUCAGGGGCCGAGGAUGCACAGAGGAUCUCUCCAACAGGCAGAGGGGCAGUGCCCGAGUGGAAGGACACCGGGUGCAGGGUGGGAGGAGAGAGCCAUGCUGGGCCAGCUCGGGCUGUUUUCUGUCGUCCAGGGCCCUCUGUGCUUUGGUGCUUAUGCGUUGGACAGUGUGUGUCCUGGACUGGAGAGGAGAGCGUGAAAGGAAUUGCAGUUUGUUGGAGAGUCCAGUGUACAUCCAGGAAGGCCAUGAAGGCAGGACUUGGUUCUGUUCAAGUGGUUUCAUAACAAGUCCCAGGAAAUCUGUCAGCAAUGCCCAGCUCUGUUUAGUAUCUUGGAUCUCCAUUAAAUUGGUGUGUUGUGAAAUCUUCCUUCUGCACUCUGGUCACUUUAGCUCUUUAGAUGUUAGGGGAAGCUCACUUCAGAAGUCACGGUGGAUUUUUAUGGGCCAGCCUCACCUUGCUCCACAAAAUCUGUGCCUCCAGGCAAUGCCACCACCGUCUUGUCCUGUAUAAUAAAGGAAGAUUUGGUCCAGGAUGUAGGGCAGCUGAGAGGCCAUUCCAGGACCCACCCCCACCUCGCCCGGGAGCAACAGAAGGAACUAGGGAAAGAGUGAGGUGAGUGUGUGAGCGGCAAGGUCUGGGGUACAGAGGGUCCCUUGGAAUGACAGGAACACAAAACCAGCCUGAGGGAGACCAGAAAAGCCCCCAGUACCAGGUGGAGACGAGUUUUUAUAAAACCUCGAGGCCAUCCUUGCUUUCAUUUCUUGAAGGCUGAUUGGAUAAUGAGAGUGUACUUGGUCCUUCCUUGCCCUGUGGGUGGGCUGAGCUGGUGAGAAGUCUUUACCCUUGUCACCAAGACAUUUCUGCCCCUAAGACACAGGUUGGCUUGCUGGAGCAAGCAGAGGACUUUGAGCACCUUACAACCUCCACUAGUGGGCUGGUCUCCAGAGCUCCUGUGGGGCCGCGGACCCGGCCGGAUUUGAACAGGCCUGUGCCAUGCAGGGGUCUGAGAUGUCUUGAGUGACCAUGAAGCCCAGCCCAGGGACACAGCUGGCCAUGACUUGAUUAUCGAGAGGGCAAGAGUAAGGAGGAAUCCACCUGGGCAAACAGUAACUGGUGAUCCUGGGAUCCCUUUCUCUAAAACCUGAGCUGCCCGGGACGUGGAGACGAGGCAGCCUUCCUGCACGGAUUGGCUCAGCAUCACGUGCCUCAUGGGCUCAAAGACGAAAAUGCUAAGGGGAAGGGUGCCAGCGUGAUGCCCGAUCCCUGCACGGCACGCAGCUGCUGUCGGAGCUGCUGAGUUCACUUUCUGCCUCCCCCUCCCUGCACCCACAGCUCAGUUGCUGCGGCCCCAUCUCCCCUCAUGACGGACAGGAGCUUGGCGGGGCGUGGGAGGGGACUCAGUCUUCGUCCCAUUCCCCCCAUUCCCCCCUUUCCUUCUUCCUGUUCACCGUGGCUUCAGUGGGCUCCCCUGGGCCUGUGUACUCCCACUGUGUACAAAGGUGCCCUCCUGGCACCCUCCGCACCAAGAGGCUGCUCCCACCGGCCCUGGGCCUCUAGGAACUCGGGGCUUCCUCUCCUUCGUGCUGUGGGGAGGCUUCUGACCCAGGCGUGACCAGCUGGGCACCCACAGAAGGAGCAUCUUCUGAAGGGAGGACUGAGGAUAUCAUGGACGGAGCCAGUUAACCCAGGUGUCUGCCCAGGCCUCAUUUUUAACAUCACUCACACAACACACAGAUGGGUCCCCGUCAUGUCAAGGUAGAGGAGACACCUCACAACUCACUCCUGGUCCAUUCCAACUCACUUCUCUGAAUGUGGACCAAGCAGUUGAGGGGUGUGGAUCUGAAGAGUCGCCAGUCUUCCUCCAGCCGGGAUGUGCACUGCCCACUUGUGUUGAGGUUUUAGGCUAUAGGGGCACCUGUAGACCAGCUGGCUUACUAGCAGGGGAAGCCAGAGAGGUCCUUUGCUGGCCUUGCUGGGGACCCUGCCACCCAGGGAGUCUGUCUGAGAAUUCAAGACUCUGGAUUCGCUUAUUCCUCGAGUCCAGAGUCUGUUUUUGGAAACCACAUCAAUAACAAUUGUAUCUGAUUUAUGAUGAACUUGAGGAAAUAUCUGGGAUUGAACUGUUAGACUCCCAAGUGUGACUUGUGCAUUUUACCUAACCGAGGGUGACAGCGGCAAUCCCGCGUGCUGUCUGCCUGUUGGUAAAAGCCCCACAGGAAGCAGCGGGCACAUCUACAGUGGUGACCGAGGGGAGCUCGAGGUGGGACAUUUGCCGAGCACCAGAGGGAAGGGGUCAGAGGGAGAGAGUGGUCCCACCCUGGUGCUGAGGGACAAAGUGAGGAAGCUGUUUCCAGAGCCCCACAAGAGCCAUGACCAAGGGAGAGGGGGCCCCUGACCACCUGGAGGUCAGGGAAAUAAAUGUCCCGAUCCCUGUCCCCCUGUUGUGGUCUCAUGUAGUGGCUCCCACCAGCCAAACCUGACUGAAGGCAGUAAGUGGAGGAGUCUGAGGAGGAACAAAAGUGGGUCUGGAGAGGCCGUGCCACCGCACAAAGGGUGACGCGCUGAGAGGAAAGGACAUCUCGCAGCUCUUUCCAAGGACGUGUCUGGGAUGAGGGAGACGCUCUGCACUGAACACAAAACCCACCCGCCCUAGGAUCAGCACUUGGCACCGAGUUUCUGCUACAUGGAAUCAACUGUUGGAGACGCUGAGUUUGUUUUACAAGAAAACAAAUAAGGAGAACAAAUCUGAAGCUUGGCCUUGCUUUUCUUCAUAGGCAUCUGGUACUUCAACUCUCCUAACUUUCACCAUGUCUGUGGUGCUACAAUUAAGUAAGAUGAUUUUAAUGUGCCGAGGCCGUUCAUGGCACGCAGGAGAAUUUAGUGGUUCCACGUUGCUCCAUAUAAUUCUAUAACAAUGCUCAGUUAUAAUUGUUAUUAUUAUAGACAUGGUGUGGUAAGUAGUUAAGAACACAGCUUUGUGAUCUAAUUGAAAAACUGCCAACACUUAUACAAAGUGUUUACCGUGUUCCAGGCACUACACUGAGAGCUUUAGCAUGGA